AUGAGCUUCGUAAAUUCCUGUUGUCAUUUGUCACUUGGUAGACGUUGGCCUUCACAACGAGAAAAAAGUGCUGAUAUGACGCCAGGUCCGCUUGCUGCCGAUAAGCGCCUGCUCGCAAAACGAACCGUACGAAAAAUAGCGAAGAAAGUCCGUUCAUCAAGGAAGCCGCAAUCUGCGAGACGUUGUAUUGAAGAAGUGUGGCAUAUUCUGGAGAAUCCUAAUUCUGACGAUGUGUCGAAGAUGUGCUCCAGACAACUUCUGCUUCUUCGUGUACAGUUAAAAGAUAAAGUACGAGGUUACUUCAAUGGUGAGUGCUCUUUUGAAGACUUGGUGCAGCAUACUGGACUAACGAGAGAAGCAGUCAUGGUUACUCUGGGGAAGCACAAUGCGUUCCACCGCGAUACAGAUGACCGAGUAAACGAUGAUAAACUUGGACAAGGCGUGACUUCUGUAGAGAUUACUGAUGAUGGUCGAAAAGAAUGCAAUGCUACAUUUGUCGUACCGAAGCUUGACAUAUCGGACGUCCGCAAAGAUGCACCAAGUUCGGAUGACGACGAUACAUCGAAAAGUGAAGUUGUCGUCGAGGAAGUUAACCAUCACCCCGAACCCACCACUCCUUUACGGAGCUUGCUUCAAGAACCAACUAUUCAUUCAAACCAAAGUCCUCGCGAGGUUACCGAUAGUUCUGCAGAAAUAAGUGAUUUAGCGAAGCGAUUGGGGGCUCGACUGUUUCAAGACACUUCCAUGUUCGAACAGCUGCGGAAAGUUAAACGCGAGAAGUCGUUUGUUGAGCAGCUGCGUGAAAUAGUUGCUUCUUCCACAAUCACGGAAUCGUCUGCUAAGCAACUCCAAUUCAUUCCUUCCACUCCAAUUGCAAAACGUCCAAUUCCGAUCACGAUUGAGUGCAGAGAAAUCGAUGUCCAAACAUCAAUUCGAAUUGGCGAACUCCCUGCAAUUACGAAAGAAAUGCGUGAUACUGCCACGGACGUGCCAUCACUUGACUAUCUAUCAAUGUCGGAACUAGGUGGUUUGCGACAACUUCCAGAUAAUUUUAUUAUACAAGAGGACAUCUCAUCUUCGGCAAUUAGUUCUGAUCAAAGUGCUGGUCAAGUCCCUGGAAGUAUGGUUGGUCGAAUUCGUACUACAAUUGCUGUAAAUCGCGAUGGAAGUGUCCAGUUUACUCCAGCAAAAGCUGUGACAGUAUCAGAGUUGAAUGAGGACUCAUUUCCGAGAAAGUGUGUUGAUCGAGAGUUCACACAGUUUCCAGCACAUCCCCCACAGAGUUCUUUCAAUGCAAGUGCUAGUCCACGCACUCCUCGCAUCUCCGAGUCACCGUGGCGACCAUCAUCGCGACGCCUUCACCUUGAAGAGGUCGACAUCUCCACAAGUCAUGAAUCUAACUCCAUAGAGGUGGUCUCUGUGGCAUCUGCUCAUACCCCAGCAGCACAGCCAGAAACUAAGUCGAGCCAGUUAAGGAAGGUGCAAGAAAUGGUCGUACACGAUUUAUCACUGGUGGAUGUGUCCUCAAAGGGCAGUUCCGAUUUGAGCCACCAAGAUGAGGAACACACAUACAAUCAAGUUUCUCAAAUUGUUAGCGAAUAG